ACGGGAAUAAUUUAUUUUAUUUUACUUUAUUGAGUCUCUUAUAAGAGGGGGCAUGGGUGCAAACAUGGGUACAAUUUUUCAGUAGUGAAUACUGGAAACGCGCCAUUAUAACAUUGUGUUGACGGAUCUACAUGAUAUUAUAUUCUAUGAUUACAAUCCGUUACUCUGAGAAAUUUGAAUUCUUCUUAUACAGUGGCUCUUCAACUAAAUAGAAUAACAAUUGAUUUUUAAACUGUGACAUAGGAAAUAAUUGAUAUUAUAUAAAGCUCAUUGAUUAAUUAAGAACAAAAAAUAAUGAUUGUUAGAUCUAGUUCUACGGGCAAAACUAAAGUUAAACGUCCGCAAUUAAUAACAAUAAUGGAAGCUUCAAAAUCAGCGCAAAAAGAUGUCCACACGGAUAGAAGAGAGUAUGAAAGGCCACAACCAAUUAAAAUUGCACAAUUACUCGGACUGUCUGAAAAUUUAAAAAGUAUUCAAAAAGAUAGUGUUCGCAAAAGAAUAGAACCAGAAAGACUAGGUGCAUACUCAAAUACGAAGAGCACAAGAAAGAAUGGUAAACAAAAUGGAGCAGGUACGUAUAUCCAAUCUGUGAACGUACAAAAAUGUGUACGUAGAAAUCUUGAUUUUAAUGAAUAUCCAACUAAUUCUUUGAAAAACAGUCAUGAAAAUAACAUACAAUCAAAUAAAUUUACAUCUAAUAAAUCAAGUGAUAAAAAAUGUUCUGAUUCACUUAGAAAAAAAAGUUUAUUAUUGCCUCCAAAUACUAUAAAAGAGAAACAUUUACAAAAAUGUACUGAUAAGAUAAAACGACAUUCAAAAAUAUCUGGAAUACCAACCAAAAUUGUGCAUUCAGAUAAAAAAGGCGCUAAUCAAAAAGAACAUAAAAAAGUUAAGGCUGUCAAUAAUUUAUCACCAAAUAAUAAAUCUUUCAAUAAUAAUUCUACUGUAUUGUUUGAUGGUGUGAAACCAUUUAAUGGACAAACUGAUUCUACUGAACCUCCCAAACAUGUAAAAGCAAAAUAUACAGAUACGAACCAUGUACAAUGCUUUGAAGCUUCCCCCAAUGUAUCAGAAUGUGAUAUUUCUUUUCAAUGUACAUCUAAUAAAAAAAUUACAAAUAAUGAGAAUCAAUCACUUACACAAUAUAAGCUAUCAGAGGAAAGAUUUAUUUUGAAUGAAGCUAAUUUAGAAAAAGAAUGCUCUGUAAAAGAGAAAAAAGAAGAAGGUGAACGUAUACAAAAUAUAUGUGAUAACUUACAAAAUACAAAACUGGUAGAUUCUGAAAAUGCUUCGUCUGAAAUGAUUUACAUUAAUAAAAAUAAGCUUAUGAAUCUGGAACAUGAUUUACAAAACUUGUUAAGUACAACUGAAGAAAAUGUAUUAAAAUUAAAAUCAAUGUUAAUGUAUAUUAAAAAUUUGAAUGAAAAUAUUACGCUACCUGAUGCUGAUGCAGAAAAAAAACAUAUUGAAUUGGACAAAAUUAAUAAUAUAAUGGUAGACAAAGAAGUUCAAGUAGAAAGUUGUUCGAAUUUAAUACAGUAUUCAGGAGAAAUUUUAAGAACACCUAUUCUACAUACUCCACAAAUUACUGUAACAAAUAUAUUGUCUAUAAAUAGAAAUCAGUCAAUUCGUAAUGUUGAAAAUGAUAGAGAGAAUUAUGAAUUUAUUAAUAGAAGAAGAACAUCUGAUGGAGAUGGAAGUUUUCUAGAAUUAGAAAACCAACUUAAUAUUCAACAUACAAAAUCCACUCAAGAUCCUUUCUAUUUGCAAAAAACUCCUGUCAUUACAAGAUAUGAACAAAAACAGAAACGAUCUCUCAGAGAAUAUAUGGCUCUAAAAUCAACUAUGAAAUUUUUAGAAACUCCAGAUGGUAAAAAAUUCAAUCCUUUGCGUCAAAUAGACAACAUAGAUAAUUCUGUUCUUAAUGCUACAUAUAUAUCUAAUAAAAUACUUAAAGACCUUCAUAAUUUGUACUCUGAAUCACCAGAUUCUUAACAAACAAAUUUUUUUGUAUAUAUCUUUACAAAUGGAAGA